AGCGGCGACGGUAUAAGGGCUUACCAGGAGGUCCCAUUUCAGACCGCAGGACACAGGUUGGGCACUCAGCAAGCAGGUCAUCUGUCAGAGGGAGUUCCCGUUCAGGGAGUCCAGGGAGAGGAGCUUCAGAGAAUAAAGCCAAACGUGAUCUGGCCUUUAACUCUGAUUUCCAUCGGAUUUUAAAAGAAGUCUAAGGUGGAAGGCUCCACAAUGUUUUUCAGACUCCCAUCACUGACUCCUGGUUACAUCAGGCUGCUGCAGACCCAGGCGUUCCAUAACAUUCCUGUGACACCCCCAGCGGAGAAGACUGUGCCCGGUAUGGCAAUGCUGCUUGGGGCUGUGGGGAUUGGGAUGUGCGGCUACAGCUCCAGACAGUUGGCCCUUAACCACAGGCCCUCCACUCGUGUGAUGCACUGGAUCGGCACCCACACUGACGCUGGUGGCGCUGGCAUGGCAACACAUAGGACCCCUGUCCUGGAUGUAACCCGCCGAGCUCCCACUACUCAGGAGAUCCCGCCUCCUUCCUUUGUGGGCCAGAAAUUUCCUUAGAAUUAUUGCAACU